AUGCUGGACGAGGUAUGGGUGAAGAGGGAGAAGCCGCCGGGAGGCUUGUCGCAUCUGUCGGCGAGGAAUCCUCUGGAAAUUACCUAUUCCGGCGUCCAUUACUGGGCCCAUGAUGGACGGAGAGGGAUGAAGGAGAUCCUGAAAGGUCUAGAUGGGCGGAUGAAGCCAGGGGAGCUGACGGCCAUCAUGGGACCCAGCGGGGCGGGGAAGACCAGCCUCAUGAACGUUCUCGCCGGUUAUAGAUUGAAGAAUGUGACAGGAAAGGUGGAGGUGAACGGGCGCGAGAGGGACCUGCACGUGUUUCGCCACCUGAGCACGUACAUCCCCCAGCAGGACCACGUGAUCCCCACCCUCACGGUCAUGGAGUCCAUGCUUGUCGCUGCCAGCCUCAAACUUCCGAGCUCUGUGUCUUAUAAAGGCAAACUUGCAGCUGUUGAAGAGAUUCUGCAGCUUCUGGGGAUCCAGCACUGUGCGAAGACAAAAGCUUGGCAUCUGUCAGGUGGAGAGAAGAAACGUCUCUGCAUCGCCAUGGAGCUCGUCAAUAACCCCCCAGUCCUGUUCCUUGAUGAACCCACCAGCAAACUGGACAGUUUCAAUUGCCUGCAAUGUGUGUCCCUAUUGAGGAUGUUGGCCCACGAGGGCCGAACUGUGAUCUGCACCAUUCACCACCCCAGCGUAAAGAUCCUGGAGAUGUUCGAUCAUCUGAUCAUCCUGAACGAAGGUCGGUGCCUUUACCAUGGCACCAUCUCCUCAAUGGUGCCAUAUCUCCGACAGUUUGGCCUCCACUGUCCGCCCUAUCACAAUCCAGCAGAUUUUGCCGACGCCCAUCGCCGUCUGUGCCAGGCGUUUGGGGAAGGAGUCAUCAGCGAGAAGACGUGCUUCGAUUGGUUCGCUCGCUUCGAGUCCGGAAACUAUUGUGUCGAAGACAAGCCGAGGUCGGGACGGCCGUCGGAGUUCGACGAUGGGGCGCUAUUACAAAUCGUGGAAGCCGAUCCCCGCAUGACCACUCGCGACAUGGCCGCCGUCCUCGGGUGCCUUGUGAUGGAUGUGGCCUUCGGUUACAACGGACGAGACGCCAUGAACGCCUUGUUCGCCGCGGCCAAAGCGGAAGCCACAACACCUUCCGAGCUGGAGGGUCCUGACCCCCAGACUCCCCCGUGCCUUGAGGGCAAGCCUCCACCUUCUUUCUCUGUGUCUGGAUUGUGGACAAAGUUGAAGGAAUCUGUCAGACGGGCUGAAACGAAGCCGCCGUCCACUCCCACCGCCGUGGCGGAGUAUGCCGUGUCCUUCACGAUGCAGGUCAAGACUUUGUAUCUGCGGUUCAACAAGACCAACUCCAGGGACUGGAUUCUCAUGCAUAUUCGAUUGGGAGCUCACAUCUUGGUUGCUCUGUUCAUGGGAAUACUCUUCUUCAAACUGGGUGAAAAUGCCACCAACGUGUACUACAAUGUCGGCUCACUCUUCUUCAGCGUCCUUUUCGUCAUCUAUGGAGCCAUAAUGCCGACCGUGAUAACAUAUCCAUUGGAAUUCAAUGUGCUGCAGAAAGAGACGCUGAACAAGUGGUACUCCCUGAAGGCAUACCAUAUGGCCAAGAUGCUGUCCGACAUCCCCUUCGUCGGCCUUUGUACUUCCGUGUACCUGGUGAUCUCCUAUUUUAUGACUGCUCAGCCAAUGGACGCUGACAGGUUUUUGAGGUAUCUUGUCCUCACCGUGUAUGUUGCCCUCAUCACUCAGACUCUCGGAUUCAUGAUUGGGACGAUCUUCCCCAUCCAGUAUUACUACGAGGGGACGAUGGCUUGCAUCUACGGUUACAAUCGUCAGGACCUCCAGUGCAACGAGCCCUACUGUCACUUCAAGGAUCCUGAGAUGUUCCUCCGAGAAAUGGGCCUCGACGAGUACUUCUACUGGAGGGACUUCUGGGUCCUAUUACUCCACAACACUGUGGCGGACACAUACGUUGCCGCUGGCCCCGGCUCAGUCGGGAGAGCCAAUCAGGUACGUGAACCAAGCAACGUGGCCGUCAGUUACGACGGACGAGAAGUCAUGAAUACCUUGUUCGCCGCAGCUAAAGCGGAAGCCACCCUGUCUUCCGAACUGGAGGACCUAGCCCCCCAGACUCCCGUAUGCCUUGAGGGCAAGCCUCCACCUUCCGCUAUUAUCCUCUAUGAAACAAAGCUGCAGUCCAAGGAGGACGCCUUUGCUGAGUACGCUGUGUCUUUCACGAUGCAGGUGAAGUGCUUGUAUCUGCGGUUCAACAAGACCAACUUCAGAGACUGGAUUCUCAUGUACAUACGGUUUGGAACUCACAUCUUGGUUGCUCUGUUUCUGGGACUGCUUUACUUCAAUGUGGGUGACGAUGCCACGAAAAUAUUCGGCAAUUUCGGCUCCAUUUUAGUCGGCAUCCUCUUUGUCAUCUAUGGCUCCAUGAUGCCAACUGUAAUAACGUAUCCAUUGGAAUUCCUUGUGCUACGGAAAGAGACGCUCAACAAGUGGUAUUCCCUGAAGGCAUACCACGUGGCUAAGAUGCUGUCCGACAUCCCCUUCACCGCGCUUUGUACUUUCGUGUUCCUGGUGAUCUGUUACUUCAUGAUUGCACAGCCGAUGGACGCAAGCAGGUUUUUAAAGUCUGUUGCCCUCGGCAUGCAUGUGGCCUUCAUCUCUCAGAGUCUUGGAUUCAUAGUCGGGACGCUCCUCCCUAUUCAGACUGCAGCCUUCCUGAGUCCUGUAAUCAUAAUGCCUUUCCUCCUAUUCUCCGGGUUUCUGCUGAGAGUGAAGGCGAUCCCUGGAUACCUGCGCUGGCUUUCACACCUGUCUUUCCUCAAAUACUAUUUCGAGGGGACGAUGGCUUCCAUCUACGGUUAUAAUCGUCCGGACUUCCAGUGCAAUGAGCCCUACUGUCACUUUAAGAAGCCAUACUUCAUACUGCGGGAAACAGGCCUCGACGAUUACUUCUACUGGAGGAACUUCUGGGUCCUGCUUCUCUACAAUGUUAUCCUACGCCUUCUGGCUUACUUUGUGCUCCGGUGGAAGCUACAUCGUGCCAGAUAA